GUGUGUGUGUGUGCGGUUUUUUUUUCACUUAUAGAACUGAGCAGUUGAGGCUUAAGAGCCUUCUAUACCCUGCAGUGGCAGCUUGGCUAAAGAGAUGUUGAUCAAUUCCCCACCCCGAUAAUGUUAUUUUCCAUAAACUAUUAUUAUUAUUAUUAUUUUAACACAUUAGCAAUUCCAUAUAUUAAAGAGCACGUCACUAUUUGUUUACAGUAGUUUAAUGUUGCAGAAUGUACAGAAAGAAGUUUGGUCCUGUUAUGAUUUACAUGACUACAGCUAGAAACAGCUGUUCCACUACUAACCUCUCUUUAGCCUCUUUUUACUUUAGGAUAAUAUUAAUAAUAUGAGUAAUAUAAUAAUAUCACUAUAUUUCAGACUGUUAGCACACACACACACACACACACACACACACACACACACACACACACACACACACACACAGAAUUGUUCAUGGAAGUACCUCAACAACCUUUACUAUACACGAGAAACCUAAUUUUGCCCAAAAAACAAGCAAGAAAAGCAAUGAAACAGACUCUACUAUUAGGUUAUUCUAUUGUCAAGCUAGUGGCUAGCUUGACAAUAGAAUAACCUAAUAGUCAAGUUAUUAUUAUACUGCUAGCCCUUAUAGUAACGUUAAUAAAUUGGACAGGUUUAAAAUCAAAUUAUGUACAACAUUUAAAAAAAAUUGUAUACAUUAAAAAUAAGUAGUAAUAUGCUUUAGUCGUAGAGGUGUGUAGGUGCACCGAGUCUCUCCUAUAUUUCUGCCGGUCGGUCAAUGUCCCUUGCACGUGUGUAUGUGUGUGACCUUUCUCUGAAGAACAAAUGUGCGUCACUGAUUGGUACAUUCACUACACACACUGAUAAACUGAAACCUCUUGAUAAAGUGGUGAGCUAUUAGUAACAGGACAGUGUUUAUUAUUCUGAACCAGAGCCAGCCUACUAAUACUAGAAACUACGAUUCAGUAGUUUGUUGUAAAAACAAUUUACAGUUGUUUGUUUUCUUUAAAAAAAAAAACAUGUUUUAAUUUUUAGAUUUGUGGCAUAUUUUAAAGGACAAAAUGCAUCUGGCAAUAGUGAAUUGGGGUGAUCUAAAUAUCUAUAUCUAUCUGUAUGUUCAGUAACUAUUUAUAUCAGUCACUAUAUCUUCUACCAAUAUGUUGCACUACAAUGAUAUUGUAAAAAACAUUUUUAUGUAUAAUAACCUAUUUAUUUUUAGGCCCUGAAAACUUGGUACUGACCACCUUUAUUUAGAUGCAGAUUCAUUAGUAAAUCAUUGACAGGCAAAAAAAAAUGAAAGGCAAGGUGACCCAGACCCAGAUUUAAGCAUAGCAGUUUCACUGUCAUCAGAUCACUGGUUUAUGUCUAAUUUUGAUUUGGGCUACUACAGCUAAAUUAAAAAAAACAAAAAACAAAAAAAAAACAAUACAAUUAAACAAAAGUCCAAUCCUUCAAGGUGUAUUUUAUAAUGAUUAAACAUGUUUGGCGCUUUAAUUUUUAUUUCAUACAUGCAGGUUUGUAGAUAGAUGUCAAUUUGAUUGUAAUUACUAUGAAAACGGGCAGAUGGAAUGCCAGGUAGCACUGGAUCUGAGUGAACUGAAGAGUAGACAUGGGAGUUACGGGUGUAAUCAGCCUCUAGAUCUCUUGAAAGACCUGGAAAUGGGAUAGCACAAAAUAGAUUAGAAAACUGAUCAAUCACUGCCAGUAUGAUGGCAUUACCUUUAGAUUCUCAGAGAUAAGAUAUGCUAAGAUAUGUGACCAAGCCCUUUAACACACCAAUAGAUGUUCCAGUUUUCUUGCUGAUAACUGUCUAAGAGUUUUGACAUAAGCGCAGACAGAUCAAGUCAAACCGAAUUUCUAAACAUUAGUAUGCAUGUUGGUCCAGGAUCACCCGAGUCUGUCUCAGAGAUCUCUUGUCUCUCUUGCCACAAAUACAUAAGCACCAAUUUUUUGCAUAGGCUCAUGACAUAAAAUACCAAUUAAAUACAUUUUAUGAUCAGGGUGUAACAUUUAAAAAAGUAGAACAAGGAAGGUAAUACUUAUACAAAUAAUGUAGAAAUAAAAGUAUUACCACAUGUUGGACAAACAUAUUGUUCAAAGUUAUUCAUCUACAGAGUACAGAAUUUGUAUCAGUACAGUUUCUGUAUUUGGUUUCACUCUAUUUUGUGUCAGUAACAAGAAGUUAAUACCCACUAGAUGGGGCCAAGUCCUAAUUUUGAAAAAUCUAACCUAAUAUUAUUAAAUCUUUUGCUGAUUCACCAAAAACACUGUAUACUGUUAACAGCCAGAGAUAAUUAUUUUGCAGUCUGGAUCCUGGAAACUACAGCAGCUGAGAUUGUCCUUAAUGUCAUACCAGUGAAAUAAAUAAAUAUGCCUUAUAGUGUAUUUGUAUUUAACUUGAACAUUGCUGAUGCAUGACAUUCAGUAUGCUUAUACUUAAUGCUUAUUUUUCUUCCAUCCCGUACAAACUGUUAUGACAAUGUUUAAUUUUGUACAUCUCUUCAUAUAUAGAGAGAAUGUGAAGUAUAUUGCUCCAUUGUAAUGUGAUGCACAAUUUUGUAUACACUGUAGACACAAAACAAUCAGAAUAUGGAACAAAAUAUUAUCUAAAAGCAACCAAAUACCUUUAUGAGUAAAUCAUACACUUAGUACAAGGUGUUUCUUAGGUUUUCUUAUUUAUAGUUUCUGGAGGUCAUACACCAUAUUUAACAUGAGCAUUACAUUGAUAUACAAUGUCAGAGUCAGAGUUUCUGUUUAAGACUUUAAUUUCCUGAUCUUAAUCAAAUUCUGUCUUAAAACGAUAACACAGAGUUAGAUAUAAUUCAUUUGAAAGUAUAAUAUAAAAGGUAAUAUUCUUAGUAUCUGACUUAAAUUGAAAUUGAAAACAAACACAACUUUACUUUACUUUUCCUUUCCUUUCCUUUCCUUUCCUUUCCUUUUCUUUCAUUUCCUUUCCAUACCUUUAUUAGUUGCAUAGUUGUAAUAACGUGCAAAUGUUCCAUAUGACGUAUAUUUCAGGAAUUCUAAAAGCAUCAGUCAUUUGUUCAGUAGCUUCACAGUAAUACAAACUCUUUAAAUUGCUACACUGGUCGGUUAACAUUUCAUAAUAAACAAAUACUAUUCCAUGUUAUAAUAUUAUAGCAUACAGUAUAUACAUCUUAACAAAUGGAAAGGUUACAACUGAUUCAACAUUAGAUUACCUCUAAAAGAGGUAUGUGUUCAUUCAUUCUUCAUUGAGGUGUGUCUUCAUUCAUUGUUUUCUUCACUGAUUUGUCUUGAUAAAUUUUUGAGAGCGUCACUAAAGUAGCUUGUUACUGAUAUUGAUAUUGUUACAAAUUGCCCAAAUUCUCCCUUAAAUUACCUGCAAGGUAACAAAAGAUUAUAUUAUAAUAUCUGUAUGUACACAAAGCUCUUUGUGGGCAUGUUAUUAUGAAGUACACGAGAAAAGGUCUGGUUUAAUUAAUAGACAUGGUGAAAUAAAGUCUGUGCACAAUUUAGUUAUCAUGUCUACCUAAAAAAUUCAAGGUCGCUAAAGCGAGAUAACAUAUGAAAAGUCUUUUUCUAUGAUACCGUGUUAGGUUUAUUUGUGCUUUCCUCUACAUUACACAUGAUUUUAUGACAGUGAUUUGGUGUCUUGUGACCAAGUUAAAGUAUAUCGCAUACACUAUUUAGUACAUUGUACACACAAUAUACAUGAAUAAGCUUGGACUCUAUAUGGUUGAAUAUAUUCAUGUACAGGUGUACAUCUGUGUUUUUGGUGUUAAAGGGUUUUUGGAUUUUCCAAAUGAUUAUUGUUUAUUGAAAAGUUAUUGAAAAGUUUUGAAACUGGCAGAAAUUGGAAAGAUUUUCUUUCAGGUUUUGUGAUCAUUUAAAUUUUGAAAGUCUUAUGAGAAUGUUUUUUGUUACAUGACAAGUAACAUAAUUGUUUUGUGGAACAUUUAUUUUAUAAAAUGUUUAUUUGGUACUUUUUUUGACCAUUCCAAUCAAAGCUACCAAAGAUUUUGCAGUUCAUUGUAACUAUUGUAACUGGAAGGUGCUUUCUUUCUCCUUCUAAGAAUAAUCUGUUUUCCUGUCAGAGGGCGUUAUCAACAUCUCGACUCUUCUUGCACUGUGGGCGUGUGUGUGUAUUUGUGCAUGUGUGAAGAAGAGCUGAACUCUAUAGACUGGUGAUUCGAACAUAUGACAAGUGAAGCAGAAGUGGAUUAACUGCUGAUUUAUAAUCAGGAAGAAAGGGAGAGGUGAACUGUGAGCUGUAAGGAUCACAAGAAGAGCUGCAUGGGUACAAAUGAUAGGCUCAAAACCAAACCCCCCUUACCCCCAAAACCCCAAAUAAUAUGUGGAACAACACAGAAGGUCCUGGUUUCCCCUCCAAGAACAACCACCACAACUGAUGCACGAUACAGGCCAACCCCUAAGCCUCGCCUACGCAAACCCAGUCAAACCCUGAACCAAGCUGACAAUGCCGACCAAGCCUCUUUGUUUAACACGGAUACUGCUGCCUCUAAUGGAUCCAGUGAAAGCCACUUGGUUCCUCCAGCCUGCCCGCUUUCAUGUCCUUGUGUGUGUCAUAACGCCAGCCAGAAUAGACCAAAGAAAACCCAAGAGUAUGCGGACAAUUAUAUGACAACCUCAGAGAAUAAAGUUAAUAAAGAUCCCAAAAGAGUCCCUCCAGAUAUACCUGUUCCUGCAAGACCUCAUGCCAAAGAGCCAUUGAAGAGGAUCAUAAGUAACGUAGGAAAAGCUACUGAUGACUAUAAUAAGAGCAUUUUUUUGGAAGCUGACUUACCAAAGAAUGACGAUGACACAGCACCUAAACGAAAUGAAACUGAUAGUGAUGCACUGAAGACCCAUUCACAAAAACCUGUUCCUACUGCCAGGAAGAGGAUUAAAGAAAUCAACGCCACUCAUGAGGAGUAUAAAUAUCAGCAUAAUGAGCAUGCUGAGAGUUUGAGGAUUGAGCUUUGCCAGACACUUUCACUUAAAACGAAAGAGAAACCGAAAAUACUGAAGAAUAUUGGCAAUGUUAUGCUAUCUGAGGAGGGGACUGGGUCUCAAGCCAAAGUGUUUCAGAAGAAAAACAGUGUAGAUGAUUUAUGCAUUUCUACAAAACAAAAGAAAUUAUCCAUUUUCAACAAACCAUCUACAGAUUCUAGCUGUUCACGCAGUCAGUCCUUCCAGGACUGCAACAAAAUGUCAUCAAAAUGGCCUGAACAAUCAAGUGCUGCUACGCUGGCAUCCUCAGGCUUGAAAGUCAAGAAUGCUGCUUAUUCGUGGAAAAUGCUGGACAAUAAACUCUGGCAGGAACACUGUGUUGUGAAAGAGAGUGGAAUUCUAAAUAAAAUCACCAAGGAGGAGCUUAAUCUUCAGGAGAGUAUUUAUGAAGUGGCAACAUCUGAGCAGUCAUAUCUUGAACGGCUUUCUGUUGUUGUGAAACAUUUCAUGGAAUCUCCAGAAAUAAGUUCAGCUAUAGCUCCCCAAGACCAAAAAUCACUCUUUUCCAGCAUACACAAAAUAAGAGAAAUCAGUCAGAAAUUCCUUGACUCAAUGGUUCAGAAAUUGGGCUCCGGUUUGCUUUGUGAAGGUCUCUGUGAUGUUGUCCUUGAUUACGCCACUGGACCAUUCACUGCUUAUGUGGACUACAUCCGCAACAUGCCAUGCCAGAAGAACACACUCAUGAACCUGAGAAAAAAGUGUCCUCGCUUUGUGGAGAUCGUAAACAAGCUUCAGGAGGAUCCCUGUUGCAAUCGGCUGACUCUCGACUCUUUCCUCUCGCUGCCUUUUCAGAGGAUCUCCCACAUCAAGGUCUUAAUGGAGACAAUCCUAAAGAGGACAGACUCAAACUCAAAUGUUCAGGCCUCUGCAGAAGCAGCCUUAACAAGGAUUUCUGAGGUGCUGUAUUUAUGCAAUAGGGAAGUGGGUAAGGUGAAGCAGAUUGAGGACCUUGUCAGCAUUGUCAACAAAAUAGAUUUUGAGGGCAAGGCCUUGCCGCUGGUGUCAGCUUCUCGCUGGUUAAUCAGAGAUGGAGAAAUGACUCAGAUUCCUCUGAUUGGGAAUAUCGUUGUCCAGAAGAAAAAUUGCCCUGUACAUUUGAUCCUAUUCAAUGAUUUGCUUCUUGUGGCCUCAAAGAAAGGGUCAGACAGGUAUGUGGUUCAUGAUCAUGUCCACCGUUCCCUCAUUGAGGUCACUGAGGGUGCUAAAGUUGAGCAUGAUCUGGAAGGGUAUGAUGUAAGCAGAGUAUUUCUACUGGCUAUUUUGCAGAACCAUAAAGGAGGCUCAUACCAACUUUUACUACAGGCUUCCACACUAGAAGAGAGAGACAGCUGGCUGGAGGUGCUGAGUACUGAGGAAGGAGUGUAUAAAGAGUGGGAUUGUCCUCAGGUGCGAUGUAUUGAGGCAUAUAAUGGACAACAACCUGGAGAGCUCAGUCUACAGCUGGAUGACAUAGUCAGCAUCAUCCAGAAAACAACUAACGGUUUAAUGGAAGGACGGUCUCCAGAUGGGGAGGCUGGCUGGUUCCCUGCCAAGUGUGUGAUGGAGAUCUCUAAUGAACACGUGCAGAGACGGAACCUGCGUCUUCGACACCAUGUCCUCCAGAAAGCUGCUACCAUAGUAAAACACCACAGAAUAUGUCAGGAACAGCCCACCACUACAUGCUUCAACAAACAUUAAAUAGAAUAUUUAUUAUCUGCAUAUUUAUUCUCAUAGAUCCAAGGCCAAGGUAGUAGGGUCUUUAGGAACAAAAAUUAGCAUUUGAAACUAAUGCUAUGCAUGUUUUAUAUGAAUUGGUAUUUAUGUGGUUGGACUACUUUCAACUAUUCAGGGAAAUAAUCUGAAAAAAAUAAUGAAAUCUACAUUAUGAUUAAUAGUCUUUAUUUUAUAAUUAUAAUGAUACAUAUAUUAGUGUAUAUUGUUGUCAUGGUGAUGGAAAGCCUAGCUCCUAAUUGUGCUACCUUACAAUAAAUGUAUUUUUUUUUAGCUUUUAGGCUUUUGUAAAGUAAUUAUGAGGAAAAAGGGCUUUGAGGAAAAACUCAUUUUUUAAUGUAUACUUGAAGGGAUUGAUUGUAUAAGAGAUGCUUCUUAUAGGUCAUGCUAUUUAUUAUUGUGCACUGAAACCUCAGACUACUCU